AUGACGUUUCACAAAGUCUUUGAUCAGAAGUAUAGUCAGGAAGACAUUUUCGACAUUGUGGCCAAGCCAGUUGUCAGCAGCGUCUUACAAGGAUUCAAUGGUACAAUCUUUGCUUAUGGUCAGACGGGAAGCGGCAAGACGUACAGCAUCACGGGCUCUUCUAAGGACUAUAAUGACAGGGGAAUCAUACCGAGGAGCAUACAAUAUGUGUUCGCGCAAAAUGAGAAGGUAACUAUAAAGCCAACUGUAUACAUAUCCUACAUGGAAAUUUACAACGAAAUUGGAUACGAUCUACUAAAUUCAAGACACGACAACACUGCAAGAAGUUUAGAGGAGUUACCGCGCAUCGUGCUGCUGGAAGACAGUAACGGAGAGGUACACAUGCGAAACCUGAGCGUACUUCCGGUCUCGACCGAGCAGGAAGCCAUGAGAUUGCUUUUCCUGGGAGACACGAACAGGAUUAUAGCUGAAACCCCAAUGAACGAGUAUUCCUCCAGAUCACAUUGCAUUUUUACCAUCUACAUCGCCUUCCGAGAUGAGCCGUCUAACAUUCUAAGAUUUUCGAAGUUGCAUCUGGUGGAUUUGGCUGGCUCUGAACGGGUGUGCAAAUCGAUGUCAACCGGCACAGCUUUAAAAGAGGCAAAACACAUAAACCUCUCUUUACACUACCUGCAGCAAGUCAUCCUGGCCUUGUCAGAAUCGAAGAGGCUGCAUGUUCCAUACAGGAACAGCAUGAUGACUUACAUCCUGAAGGACUCUUUGAGCGGGAAUUGCUUCACAGCGAUGCUGGCCACUUUGGCGCUUACCAAGGACAAUAUCCAGGAAACCAUAAGUACCUGUAGAUUUGCACAGAGAGUGUCUAUGAUAAGCACGGCACCAGUGAUCAACGAGAUGCGAGAUCCUCAAAAAGAAAUUACCUUUUUAAAGACAACAAUCGAAGAACUUCGCAGAGAAAUAUCAUUGCUCAACCAUCUUUCAACUGGCAGUGUUUUAGAUAAAAACCAAGAAGAACAGUGCAAGAAUGACGUUGAAAAGUAUUUAGCUUCUAGUUGCGAUAAAUUAAAUGUGGAACCUAGUAUGACUUACAUCCAGUAUUGCUUCAAAUUAUUGAAGAACAGAAUCAAUUCUCAAAAUUCAGAGAAGAAAGAGAAACAACUAGAGUAUGUUCAAAGCCAAAAAACAUUAUCAGCGUUGAAAAACACUAUAGAUAAAAAAGAUGAAGAGAUUAACACCUUGAAGAAACUGGUUGACGAUCUCAAAGACACCCCUAGUAGAGUCGUUUCUAAAAAGAAUAUUCUAGCCACACACGAAACAGAAACAAAUAACAUCGUAGUAAAUUAUUUACUAGACAAGCAAGACCAAUACACUAAAGGUAAACGACAGUACAAUAAAAACUUGUCAGAAUCCAACAUGUACGACUCACGAUCAGAACAAGACAUAGAGAAGCAGCUAUUUGAAAACUUUCUUAAGGAUCCAGAGAACGGCAAGGACAUGGAAUAUUACACCCAGAACUUACAAAAGAAAUUGGAAAUUGCGAAAAUCUACGCAGAAACCAUAGACCAGUGCCAGAAGAAUAUCACUUACAUUAGGCAACAAUUACAAUCACGAACCAAUAACACAGUCAAAAACAAGUUGAUUAUAGAGUUGGAGGAACAGCAAAAAAUUUACAGCAAGUCUCUGGACGAUUUGAAGAUGGUCAAGAACGAAACGUAUCAUUUGCAGUCUGGGCUUAAAAAGGCAGAGCUUAAAACGAUGAGAAUAUUCAAAGGCUGGUUGGAACGUCAACAGGGAUUGAAACUCAGCAAGAGCCUCGAUUCCACUUGCUCAAGAGAUUCUGAUUACAGCACGAAUAACUCAAAUUGUUAUUUAUGCAGAAGCACACAGAAUAUGUCGAGGAAAGUGUCGUCCAAAGACUGUGCUUGCAACGUGGAAGAGAAAAAAUACGUAUCAGUGGGCUGUUGCAAUUCUGUCCACGCCCAACAACCGGCAAAUUAUUGGACAGAUUGUUGGAGUGAAAAUGUAUGUAUAGGACCCGUCUGUCAGCCUUUAGUGGAUCAAGACCAAUACUGCAUCCACUCGGCAAACUGCCAUCGUGAAUCGAUCAGAAAAAGUCACUCAAAUGUGUUCAACAAUGUGAGGAAAUCGGGGGUGCUGCAUCACUCUGAACUUUUAUGUGACCCAGAAACGGUUUUGCAGUUCGAAAAAAUUGCACCCUUAACGAAAGUCUGUGAAAGUUGUUCGGUUAUUUCACACAAUAAAAACUGGCGCAGUCUGACCAGCAUGAGGGAGAAGGAGAGUAAAACUUUUUGUUGUAGAGUUAUAAACUCUGAGCAUCAACCAGGAGAAAGAUAUUUUAGGAGGAACGUAAGUGGUGGUGAAACUUAUGAACAAAAGUCGUGUUGUGAAUGCAAUAAUGAUCCUACAUUCAAAUCAUUGCCUAAUCCAACAGAAUACGAGUAUAAUAAUAAUCCUGCAUUGCAGUCGUUUCCUAGUAUUCCAGAAUGCAAUACGUGUCCUUUUCCAUCAAUAGAUGACGAUCCUGAUGAGGAGGAAAGCCAAAAUGAUGAAGCUGCUGCCGAGAAUGAAGUUGGAGAGGGAAAGUAUGAAGAAAAUUCCAAAAAUUCUGACCUAAUCAAAGAAACAGACUCAAUGCAAUUUAAAGAGUUCAUGAAAACUGUACCUCUGACAGGUGACACAGAAAUUGAUACAGAAAUAUUUAAUUUCUAUAGGACUAAAUUUUGCCAAUAA